UCGAAGCGAUCAGUUUUGACUCGUUUUUAACGCAAGUAUGAGUGGGCAAAGAAAAGCUACCAUACUAUCAAUCAGCUUCUUGAAGAGAAAACCUAAUUCUUCUUCCGGGUAUUGUCAGACCUGUUCAUCUUCAGCAAUUAUGUGCGCCGAAAUUUUUAACCAAUUCAACGCACUAAGACUUAAAGGAGAACUAUGCGAUAUGGUUGUUUCGAUCAAAUCUAAUUCGUUCAGCAUGAAAGUUCAUCGGUUGAUCUUGGCAACGAAGUCGCCAUUUCUUAAGCGGUAUUUCACCGAAAACAAGAGCAAGACUGAGUUUGAGUUUGAGGAAGGUUUUUCUGCUGACGUAGUGAAAAGUGUUUUAGAAUACAUGUACGAAAGCGAACUUCUCGUGUCUUCGGAAAAUGUCGAAGAUCUCAUGAAAAUUGCUGUUUUUCUUGAGUUAUCAGAAGUUGUUGACCAAUGUUGCCAUUUCAUUACCAACAACGUUAACUUGCGCAUCAAUAACUACAACCGCUACAUGUCAUUGGCCGAGGAACUAAAUCUGCCGUGGCUUCUCAACAAAGUCUUUCUAUUCUUGGAAUGGAAUUUUGUACAGUUGGUAGAGAGUGAAUUAUUUCCAACACUAAAGGCCUCGCWACUGUACCGUCUUCUCUGCAGUAAGGGACUCCGAGUCGGUCGUGAAGAGACGCUUUACAAUGCAGUCAUGAAGUGGUACGGCCAUGAUGCCAAAAGCAGAAAAAAGUCACUCGAAAGUCUUUUUGAAAAGAUUCACUUCAUCCGAAUGAAUCCAACCUUCCUUGAUGAGCGAAUAAUCCCAGAACUUGUCAAGGACCUUGGCAUAUGURAAGACAAAGUAUCGUCAGCUCAGACACUUCAUCAAACAUCGCCGUCUCACAAGGACGUAUGGUUACAGGGGCGCUCCCGAAACACUAGUGACGCCAUCUACGUAUUUUCCUCCAGCGAGGAUUUCGUAGAGAGGUUCGAUCACGUGAUAUCCACGUGUGUCCCCUGUCCUGAAAUGAAGCGUGGUGCGAGUGUCAGCGGCAAUAGAGACUUGCACUUUGCUGUUAGAGUAAAUGGGAGUUUAUUCUUGGUGUCAUCUCGGAAGGUGUUGCGGCUUAAURCUGAAUUAAUGCGCUGGAACUUCGUUGGUAAUGGAGUUCCCGUGACAGAUGCUGGUAUUUGUGGGGGCGAAGUUGCAUUUUACGUUGUAGGAGGCAAAGAAGAUAAUAAUGCUGUGAAACGAUUUCUGAUUGGAGAACAAAAAUGGCAUGGAUUACCACCCUUGAAUGUCAGACGCAGGGGUCCUGGUGUGGUUUGUCUCUCUAACGUUCUUUAUGUGAUAGGAGGCUAUAGUACUGAUCAAGCAGUACCGAUUGCAUCAGUAGAAAGCCUUAAUCUAGCUUCAGGAGAAUGGUCUUCCUUGCCUCCAAUGCUUGUCCCACGAUUUCGGUUGUCUUGCGUGACAUUUGAUGGGAAGAUCUUCGCCAUGGGAGGACGUGACAACGUGCGCAACCUCCUAACCGUAGAAACCUUUGAUGUAAAAACCAAAAAGUGGCACAAACCAGAUAAGCACAUGGUACGCGCAAGAGAUGAGUUUUGCACAACAGUUCACGAGGGGUUGAUAUUGUGUUUCGGGGGUCGAGGGGAGACGAGUAUUGAAUGCUUUGACCCUAAUUCAGAGGGAGACUGGGAGGAGAUUGGUGUGAUGGGGGAGGGGAGGUUGAAGAAUGGUUUGUCUUGUGUGAAUUUUACUCCGAUUUUCGAUGAUUAGAAAAGAAAAAUGUGAUUGACAGCUAUUUAGUUUGCAAACACAUUGACUUGCUCCAAGUCUCGCUCAAAGCUCGCUCUUCUUUUUUUUUUCGCGCCAUUAUCCUCGGAAAGCAAACUUGUAACCAGGAGUGUACSUAUGAUUUGAAUCUGAAAAUAACGAGCGAGACUUGGAGCAAGUUUCGCAAACACCUAAAACUGAAAACGUGUCACUCUGAUAUAUUGCGUAGCUUCACGUGACGUCAUUUCCGGUCUCUGCGGAAUGUCCUUCAGCUGAAUCGCGAGUUCAUUAGCAUUCUUUCUCUCUGACAGCACAUGGUCAGUGUUUGACCACCAUUUGGAGCACAAAAUAAGAAUUAUCAGAUUAAUUAGCCUCGCUUACAUGUGAAAACGCUUUUGCGUUUCCACGUGAACACGWGGAUAGUCAUUCGRUUUAUAGUGCCCAAUAAUUUUCCAGGAAGAUUUUUCCCCAGGGGGUAGGGUAAUAAUUAAAUUUUAGGUAUUGCACAAAUCAAUAAGUUUUAUAACUUUUUUAUUGGUUUCUACUUUAACUCUAUCACUAAAGUGUACCAUCUGGKCCGUGGUGCUUAGAUAAGUUGACGCGCGGCCCUUCAUCUUCAAU